GAGGCGUCCACGGUGAGCGCCGCAGACGGCUUGACACAGCCCUCGGAGCAGUCCGUGUUUUGGCUCCUGUACACGCUGGUUUGCCACCGUUACAAUGGCAUGUACCGCGAAUACUACGGGCUCCCCGUGAAACGGGACUCCGACCCCGAGUGCCUCAUAGCAGGCUGUGGCGCGAUGCAGGAUGUGAAUCUGUUGGAAUGUUGCGUGGCAUACCAUGAGCGCGAUCUGUUUUUUCGUAUGAACGCUUUGGGGUUCGAGUUGUCGACCAUCUUUUACGGCGCUUUCAUGAGGUGGUAUGCGACUUUGAUGCCAACUGCCACAGUGUUCCGGUUCUGGGAUGCUCUCCUCUUCCAGUCCACCAAUCCAAAGACACAGUCCUUGGGUGGCCGCGACUACUUGAUCAACUUGGCCUUUGCCACCCUGCAAGUCAAGCGAAAUGAGCUCAUGGAAUGCGAGAGCGCUGCAGAAAUGAAGGGCGUGGUGCUGGGUUUCCUCGGUUCUUUGUACGACACUACAACUGUGAUUGAUCUCGUUCAUGCAGCAGAUUUGUACCUCUGGGGUGGUGCUGGCUUCAGCAGCGGCAAAGUGUCGUACCUGUGGACCCAAAGAGAUGAGAUGUUCAAAGGCAUCAACCAGACAACAAAGUGGCAGAACCAGAUCCUUCAUCGACUUGCUUUUGAAGGGCAAGUCAGGCCACCAAAACACCCGAGUGAGCAAUUUGCUGGUGUCACCACCAAACAGUUGGUGCAGGAGG